AUGCCGUCAUCCCAACGACCUCGAUCAUCGGGGCCCAAGCGCUCCAACGGCCAAUCCGAAAUCUUGCACCAGGUUGGCCGUACAGUUUUGGCCUACUCCUUGAAGAAACUCAGCGAGCAAAAAACGCAACCCGAACCGGACUCAAGAUCAAGGAGUUCACGGUCACGAUCCAAAUCCAGGCACAGCAAAGCAAGAGAACCCUCCAAUUCUUCAACAGCACGACGCGAUGGAAGUACCCGUGGCCGCGAUCUCCCCCGAAGCAACAGUGAUGAAAUGCACUCCAUGGUCAGUCAGCUCGCGGCUGGCGUCCUUGCCGUCGGAAUUCGAGCGAUCGUCAAGAAGAGGAAAGAAGCGAAGCAAAAAGCCACUGCUAAUGCUUCCGCCGAGAAGGCGAUUGCAAAGUCCAUACCAGGAUGGCCAGGCCGAGACCCUCGACCUGGUAUCGAUCCCGAACUGGCCGCUGCACUGGACGCCGUAACCCAUGAGCUACAGGGAGUGUCUGAGUCGAUCUCGCGACUGGCAAACACGGCCCCGGUAUCGACACAUCCAGAUUGCGCGGUGCGAGAGGCCCUGGUGGCAGACGCAGGCAGGUUAAACGGGUCGCUGGCGAAUAUCCAGACGAGUAUAUACAACAUGAGGAACUUACGCCCUGGGCUGAGCCAGGGUGGACAACAACGCGGGGGGCAGCGAGAACGGGUCGGUUUGAGGAGACGGGAUGAAUAUGGGGAUAGGAGGAAUCGGGGGUUGGAGGAACGGCUGAGGGAGCGACAAAGGGAGGAGAAUAGGGAGAGAAAUUGGGGAGGUGGUCGGGUUGAGGAAGGGAUCACGAGGAGGAAAUCUGUUGGACCAACAAGAGACGACGGGCUAAAGAGCCAGCGGGCAGAGCGCAUCGAGGAGGAAAGAGGGCGAGGUGACAGGCACCGGCGGCGGAGGGAGACCGGAGUCAUUCCCAGCCGGUAG